AUGAAGAACGAACAAGAUGUAGAAAGACAGAAACUAAUUUCAUCUGUUAAGCUUAUAAAUUCCCAAGGAUAUCUUCACAAUCUCAUUAUAUACUUUCUUUUCUUUGGCUCUGGUUUAGUCAUUGGAAUUACAUUGAGUUUUUAUCUCAAAGACUUGCCCUUAAAUUUGCCACCCAAGCAAUUCUCCAAUAUUGAAAAUCAACCGCCACCUCCACCUCCACCGCCACCGCCGCCGCCUCCACCUCCACCUCCACCAUCUCUGCCACCACCUCUACCAAUUGCAGAUAGAAUUGGAUUGGAAGAAUUCCUCAAACCACCACCAACUAUGCAUGACAUGACAGAGGAAGAGCUCCUCUGGCGAGCUUCCAUGGUGCCGCAUCUACGCGAUUUUCCAUUCAAACGUACCCCAAAAGUUGCAUUCAUGUUCUUAGCCAAAGGGAUUCUGCCAUUGGCGCCUUUGUGGGAGAAGUUUUUCAAAGGAAACGAAGGAUUUUAUUCAAUUUAUGUGCAUUUUUUGCCGUCUUUCAAUGGAACAAUACCAGAAGAUUCAGUAUUUCAUGGCCGGAGUAUUCCAAGUAAGGAAGUACAAUGGGGAGAAUUCAGCAUGGUAGAAGCAGAACGUCGCCUCCUCGCCAAUGCUUUACUUGAUAUCUCAAACCAAAGAUUUGUUCUUCUCUCAGAGGCAUGCAUACCUUUGUUCAACUUCAAAACCAUCUACACUUACCUCAUCAACUCGAAACACUCAUUCGUCGAAUCAUAUGACCAGUGGGGUCCUGUCGGCCGUGGCCGAUACAACAAGCGGAUGAAGCCAGUAGUCACGAUCGAGAAAUGGCGGAAGGGCGCCCAAUGGUUCGAGGUGGAUCGAGAUUUGGCCAUUGAAUUUGUCUCGGACCGAAAAUUCUUCCCAUUGUUCAAAAGAUAUUGCAAGCCUGCAUGUUACUCAGAUGAGCAUUACUUGCCCACAUUUGUUGCCAUGAAAUUUCCAUGGAAAAAUUCCAACAGGACUUUGACUUGGGUUGACUGGUCAAAGGGUGGUCCCCAUCCAACUAAAUUUCUAAGAACAGAGGUUACAGUGGAUUUGUUAAACCAGAUGAGGGGUGAAAAGCAAUGCAUAUACAAUGGGAAGCCCUCAAACAUUUGCUAUUUGUUUGCCAGGAAAUUUACACCAAGUGCUUUAGAUAGGCUACUGAGGUUUGCUCCAACUGUCAUGAAUUUUGGUUGA